AUGUUGACGUCGGUAGCAGACGCGAUCGCGGCGCUGAAGCGCGGAGACGCAUCGUCUCUUGAGCACGUUCUGAAUCAACGUAAAGAAGCACAGCGUCACAAGCCACUUACCAACAAACGAAAAACCAAGAGCAAGAGCAAGAAGAGUGAAACAGAGACAGAUACUGAAGUUUUAGACAAAGACAAAGGCUUUAAUAAAACGCACGUGGAAGAUCAAGUGCGUGCACUAAGUCGUACGCAACUGAAUGAUUAUUAUCCUACAUCUAUGCAGCUUGUAGCUCCAAGUGAUGAUACCGAAGAGGAGGGGCGACGUCUAAAAGCCAGAGAAUGUAUUGCUGAGUUUACGGCGUUGCUCAUUGAGACAAAAGGCGCGUCAAUUGACAAGGAAGAAAUCUUUGCAGUUGCACAAGAACUUCAUGAUCAGUUACUAAGACUGCGAGGAGAAUCAGAUCAAGUGUUGGCGACACAGGAAGCGAUCUCGCUGCUAUGUGAAGCGUGCUGGAAACAUAAUUUUUGUGGACGAGCUCACUCACUUGUGACACAAUUAUUGCCGUACUUGAUUGUACGAAGUUAUGAAUCGCCAGCAACUGACCGUUUUAAUUCCAAGAAACAUCCAAUUCGAAGACUUUUUGCUAUUAAAGAUGCACUUCCAUUACUAGAUUUUGACGAUGAUAGCAGUGGAUUAUUGAGGGACAUUUUAUUACGCUGUUUCAUCCAGUCGGCAUUUUUCAAAUCGCCCGAUGCUGUGCCUUUUUUGAGCUUUUUGUUUACGCUCCACGUGCCAUUUGUCGAAGAUAUCAAUGAAACAAUUCGGAACCAGAUCCCUAAUCAACGCAACUCGAUCCUUAUCAAGUACGGCCUCAUCUAUUUUAAGGCUUGGGUUGGCAGCAAAAGAGCUUUCCGAGCAAAAAUUGAGGAGGAGUGCAUUCAGCGAUACGUUCGUGAUGCAGUGCAUGCAGGCAGCACGUCGCUGUUCAAUGCCGUUCGUACAGUGCUGCAGGUCUUUUUCGACAAUAAACGACACCCUGAUGUGGACGAAAUGCUGUACCGCAUCUGCAGUCCCAUUCUGUGGCGUGGUGUGAAGGCGCCGAAUGAUUCCGUUCGACGCCAAGCGACUAUUUUGCUGUUUGACAACUUUCCCCUACGUGACCCAGCAUUUAACAAUGAAAUGAUGGACUUGACUCUGCAGAAGCAAUUUGACACAUUCGAGGAGUUGCUCGGUGAUUCUCACCCAGCACUGCGAGUUGCAGCAAUUGAAGGUGUGUCGAAGGUACUGUCCGUGUACUGGGAGCUACUUCCCGCCGAGACGAUUCGGUGCUUCAUCUCAAAGCUUGUGGUGGACCUUGUGAACGACGCGUCCUCGAGCACUGUUCGUGCAGCAGUGUUUCAAGGUGUUCAAUUUAUCUUAGACAACCAUAACUCCCACUCCAUUCUAAAGCCGCUGUUGCCCAUGCUGGCGCCUUUAAUCAAUGAUCGCAAUGAGAAAGUUCGUGCUGAGUUUGGUGCUCUGUUGGUCCGAAUCAAGAGCAUUAGGAACUUGCACUUCUACGAUGUUGUUCCAGUGAACGAUUUGCUUUGCCGUAUGGUAAUGGACCGCGGUAGUCCUCUUGCGUGUAAGCAACUUGUGUCUCUAUUCUUAAAUUCGUAUUUCCCUCAAAGCGUGGGCGGAUCCUCGCAAGUUGCUCGGUGCCUCGCACUCGUGAGAAAGAACCCAGAAGCCGCAAUGGUUUUUUACGCCAACGUAGCUGAGCAUGUGUCUGCCGGGUCAGUCUGCAAGCUGGCUGCUCUCUUGCUUCGCUGCUCUUUGAACUUUGUGUCUCGACGUUUGAAACAGCCGCAAGAAUCCGAAGACGAGGACGAUGAAGACGACGAUAAUGAGGAGGAAAGUUUUAGCGUGGUCGGCCAGGUUGUCGUAUUGGAGAUUAUCGGCAAUCUUCUUAAGAGUGUACGUGUUAAGAUUAUGGGUGACGAUCGCUACUCUGAGUGCAAGGGCUUUUUGCGUGAGCAACUGAACAUUGAGUCACUCGAAGCGCUACUUCUUGCUUAUAGCGAAGACCGUACAUACAAUCCAGAAGCUCUCAGUUCAAUCUGGAGAAUUAUUGGCUACCUGGGCAAUUUGUCCGGGGGCGUCUUACUGAAGCGACUGGUGGAAAACCUCAUGAAGAUGAACGAGGCUUCUAACAGGAAGCUAUUGGAGUCGAUGGUUGAUUGCAUGGUGCAAUGGGAGCAGCUCCCGUUCUUGGUAUCAAAGUUGGUGAAGGUCCUUAAACAGUGGAGAAAGACCAAACUUUGCUCUGACACGGCCGGGUUAAAUCCAAAGAAGUCAAAGGUUGCAUUAAACCCGGUCGUAGCACUCGGUACAAUCGAGUAUAUUGUUCAGCUGCCUACAGUGAAAAGCCUCUAUACUUUGGUGCAACCUAUAGUAGAGGAGCUCGAGCAAUGCAUCGACCCUUUUCUCGAGCUUGGCGCCGACAAAAUUGUAGAAGUGUAUAAGGCUCACUCGCUCAGCUUCGUGCGCUUAGUGGAAGUGUACGCGAAAGUUUUGGUGAUGGCUGAGUGCGCACGCGUAAAUGACGAAACAUCGCUGCUAGCUGUAAAGUCAUCGAAGCGGUUGAAGAAGGACGAUCUUCGUGACUUGCAACCGUCGGAGGUUUUCACACCGCCGAAGUCGCUAAGCUCACUUUUUGUCUGGCUCGCUCGUCUCAUGCUUGACUUGCGAAAGGAGGUAGAGCAGACGACGGCUCACGGAAAGAAGCGUCGGCGAGGCAAAAACAUUGCACAAGACCAGCUUUCUCCUCAAAAGGAACUGUGUAGUCGUUGGCGCAAUUUGUUCUCCCUCGUGUCCUUACUAUCAGCCGAGUGUGUUGCGUUUGCUCUUGAGCGAACACAUCGGCUGCAGAACGGCCCUGUCGCCGACUUUGUCGACGCGUACGUGGAUACACUGUGCGAAACGCUGCGGGACAUGAAGUUCUUCGAACGCACUGCGUUCUACCACGCUGGUCAGCUCGUCCAUUUGCUCGUAGGUGCUAGAGUGAAAGCUGUCAAAUCUACGAGGGCUCAAGUAGCUGACCUUGUUCCCUCGCUUGAGCACUGGGCUAGCACAUUACAGCAAACAUUGGAAAGCGUGCACGAGAAAGAGCGAGACAAGUGCGACGACCUGUGGCCAGUCGUCAGUGCCUCCUUUGGCGUGCAGUGCGAUGUGGAGCCACCAGCAUGUUCGCAGACCGUAGCGUAA